AUGCUCGUGAACGCAUCCUACCAGGCUUUCGACCGUGUUCCCGACAAGCGACUCCAGCACGUCAAAGUUCCUCACUCGUCACACGUCCACAUCGUCACUGGCAACGACCAACUCGACGCAAUGACCCUCGCGACGCCACCUGUCGAGGUCAGUGUGCUCACCGACAGUCGUGGAGGCCCCGCCAACAACGCAGGCCAAGACCACCAGCGCAACCCUGCGCCUGUCGCCAGCACAUCCUCGUCCGCGUCCCACAACCUGGCGCAGCCCGUGCCGACGCGACCCAAGAACCACAUGCGUGGCGUCGCCUCGGACUCGCGUCUCUGGACAACAGGACGCAGCUUCUUUGAGGGGCGCUACAGUGAACGACAGACCUACGUCUCCGCCUCAGAGCAAAAGGAGCUCGAGGCGGAGCGCGACGCCAUUCAGCAGAUUCAGAACGCUCAGGCGGCUAAGCGUCGCGCCAAAAUGAUGAGGCUCACCCCUGCCUUCCCUUCCGCCCAUAGAGAGAACGUCCAUACCCCGAGUCCGCCUUCCAGCGAGGCUUCAUCCGCACGCACAGCCAGUGAGGCAGAUCUCCCGACGCCACCUGACAAUCGACUUCCCUUCCCGAGCCCCAAGACGCGCAUAGGCAUGGUCGCGGCACAGAACGCAGUCGUGCCUCUCCAUCCAGGCUCAAGGAAGGCGCUCGCUCUUAAAGCCAACAGUCCCGGCCCAGAGGUCCUUGGCGGCCUCAGCCUCGACCUUCAAUGUCUGCCAUCGCCCGCCGGCGAUCGCAGUUCGAUCUCCUCCACCGCUUCUACCCACUCGGAGCUUGUCCGCAAGAAGUCGGGCGAGCCCGUCAAGUCGUCUCUCAAGUCGUACACGGGCAGCUACAUCGUGCCGCGCUCCGCCAGUGCAGCCACCUUCCCCACUUCAAGCCAUGGUGCUAAAUCCGUACCCACCACGCCCAGCGCCAUGAAGACGGUGCAUUUCGAUCCGCAGCUCGAACAUGUCAAGAUCUUCAAGGUCAAGGGACGUCCACAAGCUGUCUCGCGCGAAGGAAGCCCAGAGCACACCGAGACCGAGACCGAGGAGGAGCGCGACUAUCCUUGGUUUGGAUCCCGCCGUGGAGGCGGUCCGAGCCGAUCCGCCGGCAACCGAAGCCCCAUCAACCUUGCAACUCCUCCAGCCACCGAAGCAGACGAACAGCUCGUGCUUCGCUUGCCCAACUUCCCCUCGUCUGCCAAGCUCUCGCUCGACAAGGACAUCUUCCUCGAGCGGAUCUAUCUCUCAGAUGAUCUACGAUCCGUUCGCGGUACUGUCCAAGUCAAGAACCUCAGCUUCGAAAAAUGGGUCGCCGUGCGCUUCACUCUCGACCAUUGGGCGACCGUGAACGAGGUGUCGGCGGAAUAUUCGGAGAGCAUCAAGGAAGGCAACGCCGAUCGCUUUGUCUUCUCGAUCAAGCUCAACGAAGUGCUCAACUGGCCUCGCGGUGCCGGUCUCAACGAGACCAAGACCAUCUUCCUCUGCCUGCGCUACACCACCGGUGGACGCGAGAUCUGGGACAACAACGAUGGCGGCAACUACCAGCUCGACUUCCGCAAGCGUCCCACCCAACCUGCCGAGGCGUCUCGCAUGCCUCCUAGCUCGAAGGAAGUAUCGUCGUCGUCGUCGUCCUCCUCCUCCUCGUCCUCCUUCGGCAAUACCGUACCACGCAGAUACACGCUUAGCGCCAUGGGACCGGACGCAACUUCCUCCAUUAUCGAGAUGGGUCGCAGGACUGGCGUGUACGGACAGAAGACUACCCGCGACCAUGCUAUGGAGAGGCUCAAGCAGGAGCUCGAGCGUCUUCGUUCCGAUGAGGAGGAGGCCGACAAGGUUCCUGCUUCCGGUACCUAUGCCUCUGAACUUGCCAAACGUCGCUCGCCGCCCGUGUCUCCGGGCGGUGCCGCAAAGCCUGGCUCGCCUUCCGUGUGGUCGGCCAGGUACGACUUCGGCGCUUCGCUCCGAGAUCCCACUUCCGGCAGUCGUAAGACCGAGGCUGGACGCGCCGCCGCGCUCGACUACUUUUCUGCACGUCCAUCCGCCGUUGCAACGAGCCCGAUGCGCUCCUCCUUUGUGGUCAGCGCCGCUACUCCUUCCCCCGAUGGUUCAACGCCUAGGAGUGCCGCAGACCUCGUUCCCAAGUUUGGCCGUCUGGGCAUGCUGAGCCCUGGACUUGGCGAGAUGGUUGUGGAGCAUCCCGCUGUCUCGAGCUCCAACACCAGCUCGCCCAGCGGAUCCAUGCUGCAAGUGCCGCAGAUCAAGGGUUUGGGUGCCUUGUCUCCCGAUACACCCUCGUCCCCCACCCCAACGUCAUCGACGCGCUUUAACUCGUUCCCGCCCAAUCGCAAUGUGCAGAGCCACAGCAUGCUCAGCAUGUGGGACGACGAUGCACGCAAUGGCACCAGUUCCGGAUCUGCGUCCGGAUCUGCCUCGGGAUCCAGGUCGGGCACUCCACCCUCUCCGCUCGGCUUCUCCACCCCGAGAGUCGCGAUAAAGAAUGACGGGACCGUCCUCGAGGACUAUACCCCGGAUGGCAGCCAAGCGUCGCCGAACUCCAUGACAAACUCGCCCAAUCCCUUCUCGCCUGCACUCUCAGCCAGCUCGGUCGAUUCUGAUUCGACGGCUAUGCUGGACGCCAGCGGAAAGUCAAACAUGUCGAGCAAUUUGGAGAAUCUGGAAAGCGGCCCUUCGUCUUACCAGUACCUCAGAGCCGAUCAUCUCGAGGGCAGGAACAGACCCUCCUCGUUUGUCGAUGGAGGCGAUGCGGAGCAGCACGGCUAUUCCUCUUCGGCGCUGUCAUCCACGACGCUCUCGCCGUCCUCGGAGUUGGCCACGCCGGACGAGGAGUUCAUGCGACCUUCCAACUUAACCAGCUUCAACGAACUUGUCGCGCGCUUCUGCUGGAACAACGACAACCAGGUACCGCAGGCCAGUCCAGAUAGCCCGGCUCUUGCUGCGCACACUCCAACUUCGGCCUCGGGACGCUCGACCCCCAUCGCCCGCGCUGGUGGUGCCUACUGA